AUGUGAAAAAAAGCAAAAAAAAAAAUGCAGGUGUUCCACUUCGACUCGUUUGCCACCCAUCAGCAGCAGCAGUGCUGAAAAGUAUCUCGGAAUCGCAAUAAUCGCGCUCAGAAGUUGAAAAAUAAGUGGACACCGUCUUCCGAAAACGGUCCGCUUCUACCAAGUGCCGUGAACAAUAUCGCCGUAACGCGUGUGGUGUUAAUUAACAGACAGUGUAAGUUUCGCUGGCAGGCCGCAGGAGAAUCCCGCGCUGCUAAUUGAACCGAUUCCGAAUUAGGUGAAGCCAGCAGGAAAGUGAAGUGAAAACGUAGUAAGAAAAGAUGACGCGUUAGAAAAUCCCGGAUCGCACUCUUUCCCUCUCUGUGGUGUGGCGAGGAUAUUAUUUUGCGGUUCCUUGCUGCCCAGCAGCAGUGCCGACCAGUGACCAGAUUUGCAUGUGUAUAAUAAACUCGUAUAUCUGUGUACCAGUGAUAUAACUACCUAUGUGCUAUCAUUCAUGGGAAAUGUACACCGCUUUGCGAGUCAAUAAAGAUUGAUUAAAGCCACUGUAUGUACUCUCGAUAGAAGUUCAUGAAAAGGUUCUCCGGUGGAAGAAAUACGAAAUACAAAGUGCAGAAGAAUGAAUUGAAAAGUGUGUGGUGCAGAAGAAGAUCGCAAAAAUUAAAACCAAGUUGUGGCGUAAGAAUGACGAGAAGAAGCGCUGUAAACGCUCGAAAAGAUAAUGGAAUUUUUUGUGAGUCUGUACGUAAACUUAGAGACGAAGCAAACGAGAAGAAACGGUCACAGCAUCAGUAAUUGGGAUUAUUUUCGGUGGCCUUGAAAAGGAACGAGUUUUAAACAAAAAAAAGUUCAUUAGCAAGUGCUUCUUAAAGAGACGCACGCAACGUGCUUAGAAGCGGGAGUGAUUGAUAGUGCUGAAAAGUGUCUUCGGAAUACGCUUCUAGAUGACGACGUCAUCGAACAUUGACGCGCACUUUUCGCCGGCUGGCGGUGGAAGUGGCGGUGGUGGUAAUGGGUCAGGCCAAAUGCCCCAAUACCCUUACCAACAACAGCAGCAGAAUCACCUGCCCUCGCAACACCACAAUCACGCCCACCACAGCCAGCAUCUACAACAUACGGCCCAGCAGCCGUUCCCGGUUGCGUUGCCGCCCGGCGCCUUGGUAACGCCCGGCAAUACAAAACUAGUGACGACGCCGAUGCCGAUAUCGGCCACUGGGCGUACCAUUUCGCGCCAGAAGCCUACGGUGGGUCGGGAAGCCGAGGAGAAGGCGACCACCUUGCCGUCCAGGGUUUCACAACUCUAUUACAAGCAUGGGUUGUUCCUGUCCAGCUAUCCGACCUGUGCGACUAGCGUUGCUAUUGCCGUCAUCAUAUUCUGUUGGUAAGUUUUAUUAGAGAUUUAAC